AUUUGGUUAGCGAAAGAUCGAUCAGAGGAAUGCCGAAGGAUGGCUGCCAUGAUCUACACAGUUUGGGUUCUGUGCCUCACCAUGUCGUUGGAAAUUCGGGAUCUUUACUAUACUUGGGGUGGAGACUUUGGUGAAGUAAUUUACGUAGUGUGCAACAAUAUGACUGCUGUGAUGAUUUUAUUCAAGAUACUCGUCUUGUUCUCGCAAAAAAAGAAAUUCCUUGAGUUGGUCGCGUACUCGAAAAAGAAUUUUUGGCAUUCGAAUUACGACUGCUACGAGAGAAUGGUUAUAAAUAACUGCAGCCGUACCUGCACGUACUUCCUUUGCAUCUUUAAUUUCUUUACUCAAUCUACAGUUAUAAGUUACGUGGUACGGCCAAUUAUGGAAAAUGUUGGAAGAAAUGAAUCUGACAGGAUGCUUCCUUUCGACAUGCACAUUGACGUCUUCACUAUGUCACCCUAUUUUGAGGUGAUGUUCGUAGUACAGGUUCUAACUACAUACCACUUAGGCAUGGGUUACCUCUGCCUCGACAAUUUCCUCUGCGUCAUAAAUUUGCACGUUGCUUCCCAGUUCCGUAUACUACAGUACAGGUUCGUAAACAUACACAUGGUGAAGAUGGAAGAGAAGUCGAAGGAAGCCUCAGACUCAGCUACGUUGUAUCACUCAAACAAAUGUCACGACUCGUUUAAGAGAUGCAUCAAACAGCAUCAGGCGCUCCUCGCAUACGGCACUAAGUUAGAGGAAGUGUUCACGGUAGUCGUGCUGGGACAAGUGUUCCUCUUCAGUUUACUGAUGUGCCUCGACGGAUAUCUGAUACUUCUGGAUGAGUUCAGUAAAGCGAGGCGCCUGAUUUUCGUAGUUCACAUAGCAGGCUGCAUAUGCCAGCUGUUGAUGUUCACCUACAGCUGCGACUGUUUGAUUCGAGAGAGCACGCAUGUAGCUUCGGCAGUCUACACAGGACCGUGGCUACGACUGCCGAUGAACGAAGGUGGUAGAAUGCUUAGGAAAGACAUGAUGUUUGUAAUAAUGAGAUCGAGAGUGUCCUGCUGCCUGACAGCCAGCGGAUUCUUCGUUGUAUCGUUGGAAACGUAUACUAAGGUGUUAAGUACAGCAAUAUCGUAUUUCACGCUGCUGAGAAGUUACUAAAACGUAUGAGAGAAAUUCAAAGAGAAGAGGACAUUUUUCUGGAACUCCUAGUUGAUUUUGAACUGAGAAUUUGAACAUUAUUUGUUUACAAUGACUUGGCAAAAACGUGAUUAAAGUAGGUGCACCCAUCCUCGCGAGGCAUUAGUUUACGUACAGUUGCGAUGGUUUGAUAGGACACCGCGCCAUGGGCCAUUUUUCCAAUGGAUUGAAUGUAAACUUUGUGAAAAUAAAGUUUAUGGCAAUGAGACAGUUCUCUAGUGGCGAACAACAACCUCAAAGAUAUCGUUAUUUUCCAUCUUAAAUGAUUUACGAAACAAAGUUUAAUACAACGCUGUGGGGGGUUUGAAAUCCACUACACAUUAUAUAAACAUGCAACAUAUGUUUCAUACUUAAUAUCACAAAAGUGACCGUAUGUAGACAU